UGGAUAAUAGAUUUGUUGUUCCUUAUAAUCCAAAAUUGUUGAUGAAGUACCGGGCACAUAUCAACAUUGAGUAUUGUAACAAAUCCAACUCCAUUAAAUACUUAUUUAAAUACAUCAAUAAGGGAGUGGAUAGGGUUACUAUGUCAAUGUCUGUCCAACAAUCAAAGAAAGAUAAGAUUGAAGAAGUUGAUGAGAUUAAACAAUACUAUGAUUGUAGAUAUCUUUCACCAUGUGAAUCUUUAUGGAGAUUAUUUUCAUUUGAAAUCCAUGCCAAGUGGCCACCUGUAAAAAAACUCAUCUACCACUUGCCCAAAAAACAAGUCAUCCUAUUUCAGGAACAACAAUCCAUUAAGAGAGUCCUUGACAGAAACAAAUUGAGAAUAGCAUGUUCACUGCUUGGAUGGAAGCAAAUGCAAAAUAUCCCGAUGGGUUGGGUUUGACAUAUGCAGAAUUUCCAUCCGGAUUUGUUUUUGAUGAAAAAAAGAAAGAAUGGCGGCCAAGGCAACAAGGAUUUUCUAUUGGUCGAAUGAACUUUGUUGCACCAGGAUCUGGCGAAUUAUACUACUUGCGGCUUUUAUUGACUUAUCAACGUGGAUGUUCAAGUUAUGAAGAAUUGAAGACUCAUAAAAAUCACACCUAUGAAACUUUUAGAGACACAUGUGAUGCAAUGGGUUUGUUAAAAGAUGAUCGUGAAUUCAUUGAUGCGAUCCAUGAUGUAGCUACACAUUCAUCUGGUGCUUAUGUCAGGAACUUAUUUGUUACAUACUUAUUAGGUAAUACACUAAGUAAUCCUUUAAAUGUCUGGAAUAAAACAUGGACUGAACUUGCUGAUGGAAUUCUUUAUGAUCUACGACAAACUCAUCAUAAACCAGAUUUGGUUAUUGAAGAACAUCGUCUUAAGGACCUUUGUUUAAUGGAGAUUGAGAAAAUUUUGAUGGUCAAUGGAAAAUCCCUAAAAGAUUACUCUGGAAUGCCUUGUGUUCAAGUUAACACACUAAAUGAGUAUGACAAUAUAUUGCUACUCAAUGAAAUGAAUUUUAAUGUUGUAGAGAUGGCUCGAUUACAUAAUGAAUGCUUUGUCAAGUUAAACAAUGGUCAGUCAAAGGUUUAUGAAGAAAUUAUGGCAGUCAUCAAUGGAGCCAAUGGUGGUUUUUUCUUUGUAUAUGGAUAUGGUGGAACAGGAAAAACUUUUCUAUGGAAGACUCUAACAUAUAAACUUAGGUCAGAGAAAAAGAUUAUAUUGAAUGUUGCAUCAAGUGGAAUAGCAUCUCUUUUACUCCCAGGUGGCCGAACAGCACAUUCCUUAUUUUCUAUUCCCCUUUCUUUAAAUGAGGAUUCCUGUUGUGGUAUACCUCAAGGAAGUCCCAAAGCUGAAUUGUUACAACUUGCAAGCUUAAUAAUUUGGGAUGAAGCACCAAUGGUUAGUCGUUAUGCUUUUGAGGCUUUAGAUAGGACUUUAAGGGACAUAAUGAGAUUCAAAAUCAAUGGUAGUUUUGAAAAACCAUUUGGUGGUAAGGUUAUUGUUUUGGGAGGUGAUUUUAGACAAAUUAUUCCAGUCAUUCCCAAAGGUAGGCGAGCAAAGAUAGUGAUGUCAACUGUUAACUCCUCUAGGCUAUGGAAGUUCUGCAAGGUUCUAACUUUAACUGAGAAUAUGAGGUUGAUGAACAACUCAUCCUCUCGAGAUGAUGCAAAAAUUAAAGCUUUUGCAAAGUGGGUUUUGGAUGUUGGAGAUGGGAAGUUGGGUGAUUAUAAUGAUGGCGAGUCUGAGAUUACAAUUCCUGAGGAUUUAUUGAUACAUCAAUCUUCUAACCCUAUUGCAGAUAUUGUACACUUCAUGUACCUUGACAUUCUUCAAAAUGUGGGUUGUGUCAAAUACUACCAUGACAAAGCAAUACUUGCUCCUACUUUGGAUGUUGUAGAGUCUAUUAAUCAAUAUGCAUUGUCAUUAUUUCCUGGGGACGAAACAACUUAUCUUAGCUCUGAUUAUGUAUGGAGAGUCAAUGAGGAAAUUGGAAUUGAAGCUGAUUGGUUGACAACAGAGUUUUUAAAUGGUAUUAGAUGUUCUGGUAUUCCUGAUCACAAGUUGGUUCUUAAAAAAGGUGCACCUGUUAUGCUCAUGCGAAAUCUUGACAUUUCGACUGGUUUGUGCAAUGGUACAAGACUUAUUGUUGAAUACCUUGGUCCAAAUGUGAUUGGUGCUAUUGUUCUUUCUGGAACACACAUUGGGAAGGUUGUAUACAUUUCUAGAAUGAAUUUGAUGUCAUCUGAUGAAAGCAUGCCAGUUAAGUUUCAAAGAAGACAAUUUCCUUUGAUUGUAUCUUUUGCGAUGACUAUAAAUAAAAGUCAAGGACAAUCCUUAGCUCAAGUCGGUGUUUACCUUCCAAAGCCUGUUUUCUCGCAUGGUCAAUUGUAUGUUGCUAUUUCAAGAAUUAAAAGUCGUUCUGGUCUCAAGAUUUUAAUAUGCAAUGAAGAUACUGGCCAACAACAUGUUACGAAGAACAUUGUUUUCAAGGAAGUUUUUCAAAGGAUUUACAACAAUUAGUUUAUAUAAUUUACCCAAUUUCUUUCUUUUAUGUUGUGUACUA